AUGUAUCUUUGCAGAGUUCCUGCCUAUCCACUCCAUUUGCAGCCGGAGUUUCAGAGCCACAUCAUCUACACUUCCCAUGAGUAUGAUUGGUACCUGAGUGCUCCGCAAUUCUUGCAGAUGAGAGCAGUGAACGCUUCAAUGUUCUUCUUGCAGUGCUUCUUUGCCACCUCAGCAGCGCUGCUGCUGCUGGUGCCAUUGGCAUUGAUGCUGUGCAAGCCACAGGCCUUCGGCAGUCGCGUUGGAUGCUGCAGAACACCACGGUGGAUGCGGUGCACUGUAAUGCUGCAGGUGUUGGUGGCUGUGGUGUGGGUGGCACUUUUCCAUUCGUUGCUGUUCCUCCUUGGUCGAGUGGUGGCUGAUCCCUGUGGCAAGACCGACUUCGCGGCGAGCAUCAUCUUCGGUCUCUUGUGGCUCCCUGGAUUCUGCUUGUCCCUGCGACUGCCGUGGCUGCUACUCUUACAGCUCUUGCCCCCGGCCGUCGCGGCCGACGCGCCGUCCCAAGCCACGGCACCGCCCACGCCGUCGACGGCGCCGGACAGCUGCACAGCUGAAGGUCGACAUGCCGUCGCUUGGGUGCAGAUCCUCAGAAUGCGCAUAUAG